AUGAUGGCUGGAAAUGGUUUAUUUUAUCCAAUAUUUUGUUUUGCAUCAGUGGUGCUAUUCAUUUACAUGUCAUUUGGGGUAAGGAUGGAUUAUGAUGAGGAAAUAGAGUUGAGUUUUGUGGAAAGAAAGGGGUCUCAGUUUGUGUUGGAUGGAAAAGCUUUUUACAUUAAUGGAUGGAACUCUUAUUGGUUUAUGGUUCAAUCUGUGGAUGCUUAUACAAGACCUAGGGUAGGUGAAAUGCUCAAAGCUGGGGCUAAAAUGGGUCUAACUGUUUGUAGAACUUGGGCUUUUAAUGAUGGUGACUAUAAUGCCCUUCAGACUUCACCUGGUGUUUUUGAUGAACAAGCUUUUAAGGCCUUGGACUAUGUCAUAGCAGAAGCAAGGAGACAUCGAAUUAGGCUGCUUCUAAGCUUAGUAAAUAACUUGCAAGCAUAUGGUGGGAAAGAUCAGUAUGUUCAAUGGGCGUGGCAAGAAGGGCUAGGGUUAAGUUCAUCUAAUGAUUCUUUCUUCUAUGAUCCAUCAAUCCGAAGUUAUUUCAAAAAUUAUGUCAAGACUAUUCUGACCAGGAAAAAUACUAUUACUGGAAUUGAAUAUAGACAUGACCCUAUCAUUUUUGGUUGGGAACUGAUCAAUGAGCCUCGGUGUAUAACUGAUCCUUCUGGUGACACUCUCCAAGAUUGGAUAGAAGAGAUGUCAACUUUUGUCAAAUCGAUCGACAAGAAACAUCUGGUCACUAUUGGACUUGAAGGUUUUUAUGGUCCUAAUGACCCAAAAAGGUUGACUGUUAACCCACCAGAAGGGUGGGCAUCCAGGCUUGGAUCUGAUUUUAUUAGGAACUCCCAAACCUCAAAUAUUGACUUCACCUCUGUACAUAUCUAUCCUGACCAUUGGUUUCAUAAGCAAGAUUUUGAAGAGUAUAUGAAAUUCCUCUCCAAGUGGAUGCUUUCUCACAUUGAAGAUGGUGAUAAUGUAUUAAACAAACCUGUUUUGUUCUCGGAAUAUGGAUUAUCAGACUCAAUCGAGAACUUUUCGUUGUCGAACCGAGAGAAGAUGUACAAAAAAAUUCUAGACAUAUCCCACAAAUCUGCUAAGAAAAACCAGUCCGGAGCAGGUGCUUUGGUUUGGCAGUUCUUAGUCAGCGGAAUGUCGGAGUUUAUAGAUGAUUUUGGGAUGGUACCAUGGGAAAAGCCAUCAAUGUAUUCACUAUUUAUUGAACAUUCAUGCAGACUAACCAAGGUCAACAAGGGAUUGACUCUACAUAACCCAAGUUUCAAACAUGUGUGUUAGUGAAUGACAAAUCUAGAGGAAAUGAGUUCUUUUAUGGCUGGUUUUGUAUAAUAUCUAUCCUAUUUUUAUAAUCAAUGGUGCAGUUGGGUGCAUAGUGGGGUAUAUAUAGUGUUUUGGCAUAGAUUAGUAAUCUAUUUUGAAGUUUGUUGUAAUCCAGAUAUACAAAAUCUACAUUUUUUUGAGAUGAGAUGGAAAAGUUUUUGAAAGUUAUACAAGUGACAUUCUUGAAUCCAAUUUGCCCCCAUUGGCUGUACACUGAGACUUACCCAAAUCAUCAUGAAUUGUUACAUUUGUUAUCA